CAUUUCUCAAAAAGCCUUUGCCAAAAAACAAAAAAAAAAAAAUCAUUGGAUUAAUUAAUUCCUUUGCAAUUUGUUUUGUUAAGGCAUCUGGCCCACCACAUCUUUUAUUAAUCUCUUCUGAUUGGUGGCACCUUGAUCUGAUUUCUCCAUAAUUAUUAUCUCUGCCUACCUGACUGCUAUUGAUGGAUGAGCUUGCUUGCUUCAUGGACUGGGAUCUGGAAUCCAUUGUGAGAGGGUGCCCAUCAACUGCCACCACCAUCAUGGAGCACGAUCCAAACCCUAAUUUCCUUUUUCAUCAACAAGAUUAUGACCUACUUUUCAGUACUAGUAGUUUUCCUGAAUUCUCAGAAACCACAAGGGUCCUUGAUGAAUUGGACGAGCUUUACAAGUGAAGAUGAUAAUAAUAAUCAUCAUCCCCUACCGUUACCAAUAAUCCCCAAAGAACCCGAAGAUGCCAUCAAACAAAACUUGCAGCAAGUUUCCACAGUUUCUAAACCUAAAAAGAGCAAGAAGAACAUGAACAAGAGGGUGGUGAAGGAGGUUACAGCGGCGGAUAUUGGAGUUUGCGACGCAUGGGCGUGGCGAAAAUACGGACAGAAACCUAUCAAGGGUUCACCAUAUCCACGGAGCUAUUACAGGUGCAGCAGCUCGAAAGGAUGCGUGGCGAGGAAACAAGUUGAAAGGAACCAUCUGGAUCCAACGAUUUUCUUGGUUACAUACACCGCUGAACACAACCAUCCCUACCCUACUCGCCGCAACUCUCUCGCAGGGAUUUCACGCAAGAACAACUCCUUAACAACAACUACUACUACUACUACAACUUGUUCUUCUUCUUCGAAUUCCUCGUCCAUGGAAGAACAUAAGGGAUUCAAGAAGCAGCAUGGACUUCUUUGUGAAGCUGCUGAGUUUGGUGAUGUUUGGUUUCCAGACACAACAGACAUCGAUCAUGAAUUUAUGAGGCUUAAUAAUAAACAAGAACUUGAAUUUCAUGCUGAUGAUUUCAUUGCUGGUAAUUAUUAGUUCGUCAAUCUUCGUCAUUAAUGAAUGAAUCUAACGUACUUAAUUAGAGCAAGUUUUUACAAUAUAAUCCCUAGUUCCUCUUUUCCCACUCUGAUUUUGUAGAAUUACUUUUCUUCUUUUUUGUUUUGUAUGUUUUGAAGCUUAUAGUUAUUAAUCUUCUGUUCGUCAAUGUAAACAAAGAAGCAAAAUUUCAAUGCUAGAUACCUCAGUUUCUUAGCUACCAA